AUGCCGCCAAAGUUUGAACAUCGGCAGCGAAAGCACAAGGUCGUCGCCCGUCGCAAAGCCUCUCAUGGCGAUUUCCAACCAGACGGCAAUGCUGCCGAAAUUCUGCCAGCAGAGCAACGGGAACACAAUGAGAAGAAGGCUGCUAUCAAGGAGGAACUUGUGCGCGAGGCGCGAGGCAAGAUCAGCGGCAAGAAGAAGAAGCGCCUCGACAAGUACAUUGACACAAAACUCAAAAAGGAGGAGAAUCUUGCGCUUCUGAAGAAACUCGAGUCACAAAAGGUCGACACAAGCUUGUUCCAGAGUUCCAAGAGGCUCGGUAGCGGCGCAGGCUCCAAACGAGAGACGUUGCGUCGGGCACUGGCUGAGAGCCGGGCAGGCAUCGACGUCGAGAAGAACCAACGUCUACUGCUGGAAAAGCGGGUGGUCAGAGAAGACCACUCGGACAGCUCCGACGGCGAAUCGGCCCCCACGACAGUGUCACGGAAAGAACACCGCAGAGCCGUCUCGAAUUCCCACCAUACACGGCCCACAUCACCACAGAAAGAUCAGCCAGAGGGCCAACAGGAAAACCAAUCAAGCGCUAGUUCCUCUGUCUCGCCCACUGUAACAUCUGCGCCUCGGCUUGCAAGUGCCGGUCUGUUUGGAAGUGGUCUCAAACGCCCUUUGGACGUGGACGAGACAGGCCAGCCAGUUAUACAAGUGCGCAAACGUAGAAAGCACAAGGCCGUACCCGCGACCGUAGUAGAAGAGCCGGUAGAGUGGGAGGGCUUCAGUUCCGACGAGGACGAGCCUGCAGAACCAACCGUCGAUAAUGAGACCAACGAACACGACGGGUCAGUGUCGUCUGGCUCGGAAGAUAUUGAGCAAGAGUCAGAAAGUGAUGCUGACGAGUCAACAUCUGGUUCGGAGGUGACGGACAGCGAAGAAGAGGAGAAUUCCGAUGACGACAGCGAUGAGGACAGUGAUACUAGUCAGGAUGAGAAUUCAAAAAUUGCCAGGAAAGAGCGAACAUCUGCCUGGAAAGCUUGGGCGACGCAGCAGAGAAAUGAAGCGGUCGGUUUCACUCCCACGAACAACCUCGAGUAUGCGCUUCCACCAAGACCAGCAAACUUCCAGCCACGAGCACCCGAGCAGGACCCCUUACCGCCGGAGUUGGCAACAAAUACCGCGACCGAUGCCACGAGGAAAGCCUUCAGUGUAAAUGUCGAAAGAUCGCCAGAGAUACAAGCAUCGAGACUACAACUUCCCAUUGUGGCUGAGGAACAGAAAAUUAUGGAAGCGAUUCACAACAACGAUGUAGUAGUAGUGUGGGGUGCUACGGGUAGUGGCAAGACCACCCAGGUACCGCAGUUCCUCUUUGAAGCCGGGUACGGCGCAGUAGAUGGGCCAACGCCGGGCAUGAUUGGUGUUACUCAACCGCGACGAGUGGCAGCCGUCAGCAUGUCGAAACGUGUCGGUGAUGAACUCCAAGACCACAAGUCAAAGGUGGCUCACCAGAUUCGCUUCGACACGACGACAAGUUCCAAAACUGCCAUCAAGUUCAUGACGGACGGUGUGCUUCUUAGGGAGAUUACACAGGACUUUGUGUUGACUAAAUAUUCAGCCAUUGUCAUUGAUGAAGCGCACGAGCGCAGUGUGAACACAGAUAUAUUGAUAGGCAUGCUCAGCCGAAUCGUGGACCUGCGCGCUCAAUUGGCCAAAGAAGAUCCAAAGAACAAGCCCCUGAAGCUGAUCAUCAUGUCUGCGACACUGCGAAUUUCAGACUUCACAGAAAACAAACAGCUAUUCAGAAAUGAACCUCCGCCACUGAUCAAAGCAGAGGGUCGCCAAUACACAGUCACAAAUCACUUCGCGCGGAAAACGCAACGAGACUAUGUUGAGGAAAUGUAUCACAAGGUUUGUCGUGGGCACCGAAAGCUACCCAAGGGGGGCAUGCUUGUCUUCCUGACAGGUCAAAAUGAGAUCUCACAACUCGCAAAACGGCUAAAACAAGCUUUUCCCUCUACUCAAGGGCAGGAGAUUAAAUCUGGCAAGGUUGUCAUAUCUCCUGCGGAAGUUCCGUUGGAGACUGAAGACAUUGAACUUGGACCCGAUGGCAACACCUUCGAAGAUGACGACGGUUCAGACUCGGAAGGCUCUAUGAUUAUGGGCCUCGAUAAUGAAGACGAUGGCGAAUUCGAUAUCAAGGAGGAAAGCGCAGAAGAAACAGUCAUGAACGUACACGUUCUUCCCCUUUACUCACAAUUACCGACCAAUCAGCAACUGCGGGUCUUUGAACCACCUCCAGAGGGGUCUCGGCUCAUCGUGCUCGCAACCAAUGUCGCAGAAACAAGUUUGACAAUCCCCGGCAUUCGCUAUGUCUUCGACUGUGGACGAGCGAAGGAGAAAAAGUAUGAUCUUGUUACGGGCGUUCAGAGCUUCGAGGUGGGUUGGAUCAGCAAAGCUAGUGCGAACCAAAGAGCUGGUCGUGCAGGGCGAACGGGUCCCGGCCACUGUUACCGUCUAUACUCAUCUGCGGUGUUUGAGCGUGACUUCGAGGAGUAUGCUGCGCCUGAGAUUUUGCGAACGCCACUGGAGGGUGUCGUGUUGCAGCUGAAGAGCAUGGGCGCUCCAGUCAUCAAUUUUCCAUUUCCAACUCCGCCUGAUCGCACAAGCUUACAAAGAGCCGAAAACCUGCUCUCUUACUUGGGCGCGCUAUCUGCGGAUGGUAAAGUGACCAAAUUGGGUCAUGAGCUUUCCUUAUAUCCGCUGAACCCUCGAUUUGCUCGUAUGGUGGCCAUGGGUGUUGCGCAAAAGUUGACAGCAGAGACCAUCGCACUUGUAUCUGCACUCUCUGUACCCGAGCUCCUAACACCAGAGAACAAGCUCGGCCUGCGUGAGCCGGUAAAGGAACCAGACGCAAUCCGAACCGAACAAGAUAACAUUGAAGCCGAAGAGCGGUCUCGUCUCCGCAAAUCCUACAACGCUGCCCAAGCCAAACUAAGCAUCAAUGCGAAGCAAAGCGACUGCAUCAAAUUCAGCAACGCCGUCUGCGCCUACGCAUAUGAGACAGACCCCCACCGUUUCUGCGAAGACAUGUUUCUCAACGCCAAAGCCAUGAACGAAGCCAGUCAACUCCGCCAGCAACUCACCAACAUUGUCCGCGCCCAUCGCCCCACAGCAAUCGGCUCCUACCAGGCAAAACUACCCGGCCCCACCGACCGCAGCAUCAACAUCCUUACGCAAAUCUGCGCAGCAGGCUUCAUCGACCAAAUCGCCAUGCGCGCCGAUCUUGCACCCGUCCCACCCGAGCUCUCCCGGAAGCCGAAGACAGCAAUAGACGUCCCCUACGUAACCCUCUUCUCCUCGCAGACCGAUCGCUGCGAUGAUCCAAACGCACAAUAUGUAUACCUACACCCAUCCUCGCUUCUCGCGCGCACCCCGCCCGCCAAAAUGCCGGGCUACAUUAUUUACUCGCAUCUCCAACGCGCGGCUACUUCGACCGUUAAUGCGAGUAAAACGCCCAAGACGCGCAUGCAUGCUCUCACGCCGGUGACGAGGCCUCAGAUUAUCAAUAUUGCGCUGAAUACGCCGUUGUUGCAGACGGGGAAGCCGAUGGGGAAGAUUGUGGAGUUGGAGAGGGAGAGGAGGGAGUGUGAGGUUGAGAUGAGUUUGGUGGGGGAGAAGGGGAGGCAGGGCUGGGGGUUGGGUGUUAGGAGGGUUGUUCAGAGGAAGGAGAAGAGUGGACGGUGGGUUGUUGAGAGGAUUGUUGUGUGA